AUGACAAAUGUGAAUGGUCAUAGUAUGGAGAUGGUGAUUGAUAUGGGGAAACCAGUAAAGUUUACUGGGGGUUUGGCAUUUUCCAGCCUUACGUACACUGUGAUAAAGAAGCAGAAGGAUGCUAAUGGAAACUGGGAGAAACAAGAAGUGGACUUAUUGCAUAGUAUAACUGGUUAUGCCCGCAAAGGACAAAUUACUGCAGUUAUGGGGCCUAGUGGUGCUGGAAAAUCGACAUUCUUAGAUGGAUUGGCUGGAAGAAUUGCGAGUGGAAGCCUUAAGGGCGUGGUAUCGUUGGAUGGGGUGGAAGUAAGCCCGAGCUUGAUUAAGAGAACUUCUGCAUACAUAAUGCAGGAUGAUAGGCUCUUUCCAAUGCUUACUGUUUAUGAGACACUAAUGUUCGCUGCUGAUUUUAGGUUGGGAUCAAUCUCGAGGGAGGAUAAAAUACAACGCGUCGAGAAACUUAUCGAGCAGCUUGGUUUAACGUCAUCGAGGAACACAUACAUAGGUGAUGAAGGGACUCGAGGAGUGUCUGGUGGUGAGCGUCGUAGGGUGUCAAUUGGAGUAGACAUCAUACAUGGACCUUCUCUGCUGUUCUUGGAUGAGCCAACUUCAGGUCUAGACUCGACAAGUGCUCAUAGCGUGAUAGAGAAGGUGCACGAUAUAGCUAGCUCUGGAAGCACAGUCAUUCUCACAAUUCAUCAGCCUUCAUCGCGUAUUCAGCUGCUUCUCAACCACCUGAUUAUCCUGGCACGGGGGCAGCUUAUGUAUCAGGGAUCUCCUAAAGAUGUGACCCUCCAUCUUGGGCGAAUGGGACGAAAAGUCCCCACGGGGGACAACUCCAUAGAGUAUUUCAUUGAUGUGAUACAAGAAUAUGACCAAUCAGAAAUCGGAGUUGAGGCACUGGCUGAGUUUGCUCUUACUGGUUUGAAACCACCACCGCUGGAUGAAGAAGAAGAUAUGCCACUUUCUACCGUGGAUCCAUCACCUGUACGCCCUAGGCCUCCCCAACACCAACUGAAGGGAGCUGGUGAUCAUCCUACUAAGCGCCUUCACUUGAAAACGAAACAAAUGGAUUGUGGUUUUAAUCACAGCGUCAGGAACCCACGAAACUCAUCAAAAUCUUGGAGCACCAGCCACUCGGUAACCUAUACACCAUCACAGCAGCAAAACGAUCACAGAGAUAUAAGUCGAAUGAGUGCAACUCCUUACUCCUACACUUACUCUAGUGAAAUCCUGCAAGGCACCCCAACACCUCGUAGCAGUGACUACACUGUCAACGAAAACGACUAUCUUACACCCGAUAUGGAGCCAAAAGCCAUGGUGUACCAAAAUCUUGGCCCAAAGUUUGCAAAUUCCUUCUUCACAGAAACGUUGGUUCUCAUCCGGAGGAACUUCAAAAACAUCUUGCGUACCCCUGAACUUUUCCUUUCCCGGCUUGUUGUCCUUACGGUUAUGGGCUUUAUGAUGGCCACCAUGUUUUGGCACCCCAAAGAUACCUUGCAAGGGAUCACAAAUAGCCUCAGUUUCUUCAUCUUCACAGUCUGUCUAUUUUUCUUCUCAUCCAAUGAUGCAGUCCCGGCUUUCAUUCAAGAGCGCUUCAUUUUUGUACGUGAGACCUCGCACAACGCGUACAGAGCCUCGUCUUACACAAUUGCUGGACUCAUUACCUACCUUCCAUUCCUUGCACUCCAGGCUGCAGUUUAUGCUGCCAUUGUUUGGAAACCUUUAAGACUCCAUGGGCCAUUUCUAUAUUUCUUAAUUGUUCUCUACAUGUCUCUUCUUUCCACCAAUUCCUUCGUCGUUUUUGUCAGUUCAGUUGUUCCAAACUACAUAUUAGGCUAUGCAGCAGUUAUUGCUUUCACUGCACUCUUUUUCCUCUUCUGCGGAUACUUUUUGGAUAGUCAUGACAUUCCAGGGUACUGGAAAUGGAUGCAUUACAUUUCAACAAUGACAUACCCAUAUGAAGGUCUUCUAAUGAAUGAAUAUCAAACCAAUAAAACUUUUGGAGGAAUUGAAGGAACUAGCAUCCUGAAAUCACUGGGCAUUGGACUUGAGGAAAAAUUCAAGUGGCAAAAGGUAUAUAUAAUGUUGGGAUGGGCUGUUGUAUACAGGAUUCUCUUCUACAUUGUACUUCGAUUCUUUUCCAAGAAUCAGAGGACAUAG